CAAAUGUGCAGAAUGUUAUAUCAGAGGUAGCAAUUGUAUCUUCUUAUCAGUGUCUACACCAAAAUUGCCAGUGCAAGUCCAGUCAGAAUGGAAUGCCUCAAGCUGAGUCCAGAAUCCAUUGCCUCUCUUCGCAGAAUGAGUGAGGCUGAUCUGCGUGCCUUCACGGAAAAGGCAAACUCAUCCGACAGUGAGGGGGACCUGAAACUCCGUAUCUAUGCCAGCUACCUCGUGUUCGAGACGUUCAACUCAGACCAUGCCUUAGAACAAGCCAUUAUUUGGAUUGAAAGAUGGAUUUCUGUGUCGCAUUCGGAUAAACAGACUCUCGAUGAGUGGUUCGCUAUUCUCGCGACGCUUUUGGUGCUUCUACAUUACUCCCAGCAACUAGCGAGACGCGUCGCACAGGGAGUCAGCCGUGACGCUAUGCUCAGUGAUGUUGAUCUUCGGAUGAGGCUCCUCAAGAACCAAGCAGCCAGAUCAAUGACGAACUUUGAACAGAAACACCACAUGGAAGACUUAAAUGUGGCCAUCGCUAUUGUGGAACACUUGAUACCGAUGGUAGAACUACACAAGUCGUCAAGAUUGCAGAACAACCUCGCUGUUAUGCUUCAUAAGCGGUAUCAGAAGGCGGAAGCGAUAGAGGAUCUAAGCGGAGCUAUUGACGCGAUGAAAACCGCUAUCGGUUUGACGCCCGACGAGAGCCCGGAUCUCGCUAACCACCUCAACAAUCUUGGACUCUGGCUCAGUGCUCGACAUGAAAGGACAGACAUGAUUGAAGACCUAGAUUUUGCCGUUGAAGCCGCAAAGAGAGCCGUGAAAGUGACCCCUGAGGGUCACCAUCACUAUGCUGGAUAUCUGAAUAAUCUUGCCAACAGGCAUGGUAAGCGGUUCCAGCGAACAGGCGCAGUAGAUGACAUCAACUGUGCGAUCGAGGCGGCAUCAAAAGCGGUGAAGUCUACAUCACGUGGAGACCCCGGCUUCUUGAGCAACCUGGGUGCAUGGCUUUGUGCCCGGUUUGAAACGUCGGGAGAAUUGAGGGAUCUGGAUCGUUCCGUUGAUGCAGCACGUCGUGCAGUAGAUAUCACCUGCCAGAAGCACCCUGAUCGCUCUACGUUCUUGAGUAUCCUAGGGGCCAGCCUCAGCAGGAGAUUCGAGAGAAAUGAUUCAUUGAAGGAUCUAAACGAAGCGAUGGAAUUUUUCGCCCAGGCUCUGGAAGCAACUCCUCGCAUUACACCAGAUUUUGCAUCCACCUUGAACAACUUGGGGAUCUGUUACGGCAUGCGAUUUGAAAGGACAGGCUCAAUUGCAGAUUUGGACCAUGCCAUUGAGAGAACGCAUGAAUCAGCAGCUAGCACUCCUCACAACCAUCCACAACUAGCCAACCGGCUGAACAGUCUUGGGAAUCAACUGAGGGCCCGGUUUCAGAGCACAGGGGCGAUACAAGAUUUGGAACACGCUAUUGACGCUGCAGAGAAAACCGUCAAGAUCGCGACGAAGACUCACCCUCAUUAUCCUACGUAUGUGAGUAGCUUGGCAAAUAAGCUAAGCUCGCGUUUCGAAAGGACAGGCGCAGUACAAGAUCUUGAUCGUGCUAUCGAGCUCAUUGAUGAAGCCAUACAAGCUCCUUCGUCGUCUCAUGAUAGCCUCGCCGCCUACUACAAUAAUCUUGGAUCAUCGCAUCGCACACGCUAUGAGAAACUGGGAAGAGAAAGUGAUAUUGUUCGAGCUAUCGAAGCCAGCAAAAAGGCGGUUGAUUUGACAGCUCAAGAUCAUCCUGAUGUCUCCUCCUACCUUAAUACUCUCGGCAAUGCGUUUGGUAGCCGCUUCAACAAGACAGAUUCCUUGGAUGAUCUGGAUCUCUGUAUCGAAAGUAUCACUGAGGGAGUGAAAGCGAUGCCCCGAGAUCAUCCUCAUCGUUCAGUCAUGAUAAAUAAUCUGGGCAACUGGCUUGAGAAGCGAUUUGAGAUGACCAAAGACGCAAGUGAUCGCGACAGUCAGAUCUACUGGUAUCUCCAAGCAUGGAACUCAAAAAAAGCUCUUCCCUCUCAACGAAUACGUGCAGCUGGCUCUGCUGGCUAUGUAUACAUAUUGAGAAGAGAGUGGGGGAAAGCCAGUACCUUGCUGCGUGAUGCGGUGUCGCUUCUCCCGAAAGUGAGCCCACGGUUUCUGGCACAUACAGAUAGGCAGAGCCUGCUCUCGAGUCUGUCUGGCUUAACAUCUAUGGCUGCCGCCGCUGCUAUCAGUGCCAAAAAAGGGCCUUAUGAUGCUCUCCGCCUCUUGGAGCUGGGAAGAGGUUUAAUCUCAGGUUUCGUUAUGGAUAUUCGCACAGAUGUCUCGGAGCUUGAACUCGAGUACCCGGAUUUGGCGAAGGAGUUUGAUCGUCUUCGAGAUGAAAUGGGCCAGCUCCAAAGCGGUAUUGAUAUAUCGACAAGAGAGGACGACUUGGCAACUUGGCAGCGGAAGCAAGAAAGAUUUCGGAAAGCAGAUGGAGAAUUCGAUGUCAUUCUUGAUGAGGUCCGAGGAAAAUCAGGAUUUGAGACCUUUCUUCUACCGCCAGCUGAAGCAGAACUGAUGGCAGCAGCUACUCCGGAUCCGAUCAUCGUUAUUAAUGUUAGCUUCUACAGAUGUGAUGCUUUCAUCAUCGAAAGUACAGGGAUCAGAACGAUUGAGUUACCUGAUUUGUCGCAAAGCAAGCUCCGCGCAUGGGCGAGUUUCCCAUCAGCCAGAUCUGAGUUAGCAUCUCGGCUAGAAUGGCUCUGGGAUGCUCUGUGUCGUCCAUGUUUGAAUGCACUCGAUCUUAAGUCUCCAAUACUAGAUGAAAAUUGGUCGCAUAUAUGGUGGAUUCCAACUGAUGCUCUCAGUUGUAUACCAAUCCAUGCUGCCGGAUGCUACGAUCAAGGUUCCACGGAGACAGUUUUGGACAGGACUAUGUCGUCAUAUGCUUUGACAAUAAAGUCCUUGCUUCAUGGGCGGAAGAGAAAUCUUACUUCUGUGGGGGUGCCAGCUAGACAAGCUGCCCUACUCGUUGCCAUGCGUAACACGCCAGGAAGCACCACGCUGCGAUAUGCUGAUGAUGAGGUCCAAAUGUUGAAGAAGAUGUGCCCAACACUCGACCUCGAAUCAGCUACGCCAAAGCCACUUAAGGGAGAUGUUCUUGCUUCCCUGGAAACGUGCAAUGUAUUCCAUUUUGCCGGCCAUGGCCGCUUAGACCCCGUGGAGCCCUCAAAGAGCUGUCUGUGCCUCGAAGACUGGGAGAAUAGCCCUCUCACGGUCCAGGACAUCCGGGACAAAAAUCUAGAAAGUACUCAACCAUUUCUGGCAUAUCUCUCCGCUUGCUCAACUGGAACAAUCAUGGAGUCAAAACUGUCAGACGAAGGGAUUCAUCUAGUUGGUGCAUUUCAUUUAACGGGGUUUCGACAUGUCAUUGCAACACUUUGGGAGGUGUCAGACAAACACUGCGUUGAUGUAGCUGAAGCAUUUUACCAAACUCUACGAGAUGAGGGGAUGACCGAUUUGGCUGUGCGCAGGGGUCUGCAUCGAGCGCUGAGAAAGUUGAGAGAUGAGGGACGAUUUAAGAGCGAGCAAGUCAGAGAUAUCACGGCGGUGGGCCCGGAAGAAGAUCAAAAAGACCUCGGGAAUACGUAUUGGAUGCCUUACGUUCAUUUUGGAUGCUAGUUAUUUAGUUCAUGUUGGGGCGAACCUCCAAGUUCAGCAGUGAGAGAGGGGUUUCA